UGGCCCACCACCAUGAGUCCAUGACGAACUUGAAGUAGUCGACACUAGUCGACCACGAUCAUCGGAAACGACAUGAAGAACCACAAUUUCGUGGGCUCGGAAUAUCUUGGCACUUGCGUGUCCACUACUAUCCACUUUUCGCUCAACCUCCGUGAGUCGGCUCCCUACGACGUCACUACGUGGAAAGAAAACUGGCAAGUCAUGUCACAUUGUAAUCAUGUACUGUCAUUUCAGCGUUUUCGCCGCUCAAGUUCCAAGUUUGCAGUGAAUUCGGCGAGUCGUAGCCGCACUCUUUGCUGGAGUACUUAAUCUGUGGCAAAGCGGAGCUGGUGACUGUCAGCAAACUCGACUCGAUGGCACCUCUCAUUACAUGCGCUCUUGUUUUGGCCAGCCUAUGGAUUGUAACACAGCGGUAUAAGGCCACCGCAAGACGGUUGCCUUUACCCCCUGGACCGCCUGGACGUUGGCUGUUAGGAAACAAGAUGCCAAAAUCAUAUGCGCCGUUUCAAUUCGCAAAAUGGACAGAAGAAUACGGACCUGUGUUCUCGCUCAAACAGGGCUCUAGAAUUUUCGUCAUUAUAGGUCGUCACCAGGCUGCGGUGGAUAUCAUGGAAAAAGAAGGAGCAUCUGUGGCCGAUCGCCCAUGUUCUGUAGUACAAGACACAUUGUCUAAUGGGUUGAUAGUUCUUUUCGCGGGUGGUGAGAGAUUGCGCCGGUUGCGCAGGGUCUUGCAUGCAGGUUUGCAACCCAAAGUUGCCGAGACUUACGAGCCCAUUCAGAUCAAGAAUGCAAAGAAUCUGGUUCUUGAUAUUUUAAACGACCCAAAGAACCACCAAAUGCAUGCCAUGCGUUAUGCAGCUUCCGUGGUCAUGUCCUUCACCUAUGGAAAAACUACACCAACCGCGUACUCGGAUCCUGAAAUCGUCACCCUCAAUAAGUAUCUUGCGCGAUUUGGUCGAGCUAUCAGGCCAGGAGCAUACCUGGUGGAUACAUACCCAAUCCUGCGUUUCAUCCCAGGCUACCUGAGCGAGUUGAAGGUAUGGCACCAAGAAGAUCUUACGUUUUUUAACGGGCAGUUGGACGUGGUACGAAGCCAGAUGCGGGAAAGAACUGCAGGACCAUCCUUUUCAAAGUUCAUGUUGGAGCACCAGAAAGAGUACGGGCUUGAAGAUAAUGAAUCAGUAUUUGUUGCAGGUGGAAUGUUUGCGGCCGGUUCUGAUACGACUGCGUCUGCAAUCACAGUCAUGGUAAUGGCUGCUGCCGUUCACACGGACGCACAAGCUCGCGUACAAGAAGAACUCGACAAUGUCGUGGGGCGUGCGCGAUUGCCGACCUUUGGAGAUCAGGAAAUGCUGCCCCAGGUUACCGCCUUCAUGCUCGAGAGUCUGAGGUGGAGGCCUGUUAUCCCUGGAGGCUUUGCACAUCGCGCGACCAAAGACGUAAUUUGGAACAACUAUCUCAUUCCUGCAGGUGCGACUGUGAUUGGCAACCAUUGGGCUAUUGCAAAUGAUCCCGAUGUCUUCCCGGAACCACACAAGUUUAAUCCUCAACGUUGGAUUGACGAGACUGGUCGGGUGCGCGAUGAUCUCAGGUCCUUCGCCUUUGGAUUUGGCCGCCGAGUAUGUCCUGGUCAACAUGUAGCGAAUCGUUCUGUCUUCAUCAACACGGCUCUCAUUCUCUGGGCUUUCCGCCUUUCUGAGAAUCCCGCAGCGAAGAUUGACACAUCUGCUUUCUCGGACUCUACGAAUACGCGUGCUGCUCCGUUUGAGAUAUGCGUGGAGAAGAGAAUGGACGAGAGGGUGAUCCGGGAACUGUGUGCAUCUGGGGAAUAAAAGCCCCACGGGGGGCUAAACUCAGAUGCGUAACCGCGGGUAAAAUACCCUUUCAUCUUCUGCGCGACGAUUGUCUGGCAGACCAUACAUUUCUCCGUAGUACUUGUGAUUCCGGCUUAUACGAUAGGGCCAUUUUGUACCCAAAGGGUUGAAAAUUUGUCGGGCGUUAGCAGUCGUUCUGUCUUGUUGUUCUUAUUCUACGUCUUAUGCCGAAUAUCUACGUACUCGCUUUCAUCCAACAUUUCGUGCGCCAACUGUAGACUCCGCUAUCCGGUCGACCUCGUUGUCAUCGUCCUCCUCGCGCUCUUCGCUCCUUCCAUCGAUGCAUUUGAGCAGCACGACGUGCCGUUGAGAGGUCUGUGUUUUUAUCCGUCU